UUUGUAUCCAUCACCUAACAAUAAUUGAAACAUCCCCAUCUUUGCUUUCAUACAUCUAAACCAUAACAUUCUCUCUCACAAAAACAAACACACAUCGAGUUCUUCUUCUCGGUUCUUAAUUUCCGCGAUAAAAUGGUGACCGGCGACGUAAAGCUGAUUGGCUCAUGGGCUAGUGUCUUCGUCAUGAGGACCAGAAUCGCUCUCAACCUCAAAUCUAUUAGCUACGAGUUUCUCCAGGAGACAUACGGUACUAAGAGCGAGUUGCUCCUUAAAUCUAACCCGGUUCACAAGAAGAUGCCGGUUCUGAUUCAUGCUGACAAACCCGUGUGUGAGUCCAACAUCAUCGUUCAGUACAUCGACGAGGCUUGGAGCUCAUAUGGACCGUCUAUUCUCCCUUCUCAGCCCUACGACAGAGCCAUCGCUCGGUUCUGGGCCGCCUACGUAGAUGAUAAGUGGUUUAUUGCUCUGAGAAGUAUCCUAACCGCUCGAGGAGAAGAGGAGAAGAAAGCAGCCAUAGCUGAAGUCGAAGAAAGGACUGACCAUUUAGAGAAAGCCUUCAUCGAGUGCAGCAAUGGGAAACUGAUUACGCGUUUGAGCACACACCAAUUAACCUAAUGUGCCAACAAUACCACAAUAGAAUGGUAUGUCAUUGUAGCAUUUUAGGAUCGAAUCCACAGAGAACUAGAGACUUAUAACACCAAGAAUACACAAACCUUCCUAAUCUAAGCAAACAAGAAGAUAGAUGAUUUGUAACAAACUAAUAUCCUAGAAAUAUAAACAAGUGAAUCCAUGGGCUAAGGGAAUUGACUUCAAGUAACUAAAAUCCAAUCUAGGUGACAAGCUUUCAAUCAAAGUAAUCUCUUAAGUCUAAACACAAUUUUAGACAAGUCCUAUGUCUAGGUAAAUGUCCAUUUGCUUAGAAAUCAUUAAACAUCAAAUGUCUUUGGCUUAAUUCAAUCAAGCAAUCUUUAAGUUCAAGUUUAAUAACUAUCUAGCAAUUUUAACAUCAAGUGUCCUUGGCUAAUCUCACUAGAGCUUAGUUGAGUUGAUUCAAACACUUCAUCUAAUCAUGUCUGAUGAGAAGUGUUUAGAAAUCAGGUUUAGAGUGAUCAAGACUAAACAAGCAUUAAAAAUACUCAACAAGCAAGUUCAUACAAGGAUCUAAUACAAUAACACCAUAGAUCUUCACUAAGUUACUCUAAUCUCCCUAACCCAUGAAUUCUUAAGGAAACUACUCACUAAUCUCCAUGAAAACACUUAAUCUCAUAAUAGAUUGAAGCAUAUUCAAGUGGAUACAACAGAGAAUAAAGAUAAACAAGGAUUUAAACAAGCAAAACGAAAUUAAAACUCAAGAACAGAUGAUGAACAAUUGAAGAACAGCUCAAGAACACUAAGAACAAUGAUAUUUCAAAGAGAGAGAGUUUUGACAAGUUAAAUUAUUACAAAGUUGGAUAAUGAUGUUUCUUGCCCACUCUUUUGAUAAUAAGAAAGCAAAUAUUAUACAGAAAAGUAGGAAAAAUCGUGCAAAGGAAAGGUGGGUGGAAGAAAGUGGGAAGUUGGUUAAUCCCAUCAACUUUCCAGUGGUCCCCGACGAGGGUUGAUACACCUGUAGUAAAUCGAUUAUAACUUAUCCAAUACAGCUCCAAAUGACUUGAAACCACUUCCAUUGGAAAGCUAACUCAAUUUCCAGUGUCUCCACAAAUUUUCAGCUUCAGAAAAGAUCUUUAAGGCUUUCAUCCGUGUUCAUCUUUCACUCUCCGGAUUCGGGAGCGACCUCGCUGUGUCGCUGCGAGAGGUCGCUCCGGAUUCGUUGUCUCCGGGUGAUCAAUACGCGAGCGACUCUUCCCUGUCGCUCUAGUAAGGUCGCUCUGAUAGGGAGAUCAGAGCGACUUGACGGUGUCGCUCCCAGCUGGUCGCUCCGGUAAGGUGCUCGCCCAAUGAUCACUUUUAACAUUUCUUUUGGACUCCAAUUGCACUCAAAAUCCCACCAAUGGUCCUCUAACUCAUCCAUGGUGCUCUCCAACACCUGAUAUGUACAAAUGCAAUGAUAUGCAACCUAAAUGUGCCUAAAUGAUGCUCUAAAUGACCAAACCAUGCAAGAAUAAGAAGUUAAAAACAUGUAAAUUCACAAGAUAUCAACUCCCCCACACUAGUCCUUUACUUGUCCUCAAGUAAACUUUCAAGUCCUAAGAAGGAAGAAGUUUGAAAAAGGGAGCUCAUAGCCAAAAGACACACAUCCUAGCUCUUCUACAACAUUCCAAAUGAUCAUAG